AUGGAAGAUCAUCCUGGGCCAGAGCAUGAGAAUACUGUUGUAGAGGCUGAUGAUGGGGAGGAAGUGGUGUUUUAUUUUGGUGCAGCAAAGACCUGGGGUAGAGGAACCAUGUUCAUGAAGCAAUUUGAGUCUGACGAGUAUGCUGAGGAGAGGGUGAGCAAUCUAUAUUUUCCAUUUGCUAGCAAACCUGACUGGGAGAUGGUGGCAUUCCUUCUUUGGUUGGACCUCAGCAUGGCAGACAUUGAUGAGUUUCUCAAGCUUGAAUUUAAAACUACCACUUUCAUUUUGCUCUUCAAGAGAGCUCUCAGGAUGCACUUAAAUGCUACCAUCCCCACCUCAAUGGAAGUAUCAAACAGUCCCUAUGGAAUUUCUGACAAUGAAGACUCCCCAAUGGUCAUGGUGUUCUGGCAGACCGGUGUGAAAGAGAAAUAG